AUCCCUCUCUGCGCCCUCUAUAAUGAUCAUGCAAGCGUGUACAUGAGACCAAUCCCGAAUUGUUCUUGUAACAAGCAGUCCCAUCUUGAUUAUGUUUGUGGUGGCUCAACACAAUUCAAUCUUGAAAAUACUACACACGUAACAAAGCCCACAUUAAGCUGAUCAUACAGGUACAAGUGUGUUGAGAAAUCAAACUCAUGGAAAGAUGAAACGUGGACAAAAACCUGAUCGAUCAAAAGAAAAUGUAAAAAAGGCUUGCGUUGAAGACAAAGAUCAGUCAUCUACUUCAACCAUCAAAACUGAGAAUGUAAAAGCACCUACAUGUAAAUGCUCUUGCUGUGACAACCAACCAGCAUACUACUGCUCGACAUGUCAGCUGUAUCUCUGUGGAGCUCAGUGUAUCAAACAACACAAGAUAGUACCAGCCACUAGGGAUCAUCAACUUUACACUCUAGACAUAAAGGAACAGGAUGGUAGCUCAGACAAAAUACCAAAAUGUCUAGCUCACUGCAAUGCUCCAAUAGAAUUUUACUGCUCCACCUGCAAAAAAUCAGCAUGUAAACAAUGUGAGUACAUUCUUGACUGUUAUCAACAACAGCAUAAUGUGAUUUUAAUGUCUACUGCUAUAGAUGAGUUUAACAAAGAUGCUACUGAAGUUGUCAAGCUAGCUCGUACUAUUGAAAAUGAAUUAACAGAAAAACUAAAACUUAUAGCAAAAGAUAGAUCAUUUUUUGAUUCACAACUGAAUUUAUGCAGAACAGCCAUUGAAAAUCAGGAAAAGAAACUUAUCAAAAAAGUUCAUGAGAAAAGCAGAGAAUUAAAGUCAAAUUUUGAAGAGAUACACAAAAACAAUAAAGAAUACAUUGCUAGUAAAGUUGAAAGUAUGAAAGCAGAGCUGACUCAAGUUAAUCAUCUGGUGGCAUCAAUCAGUACAUUGAUGAACAGACCAGAAGAAAGAGAAACUCUUACAUCCCAUACAACAAUUAUUAACACUUUAAGGGAUGAAGUCCUAGGGACUACUUUUGGACAGUCAUUUCAUUCCAUAAGUUUUCAUCCAUCUACACACUUGGAUGAAUUGAUGAGUGCAGAGGGCAUUGGUGAAAUCACAACUCUGGAUAGUAUGAAGUUCAAGGUUUCUGAAGAUUAUGAAGCAAUUACUGUUGCAAAAGGAGAAUCAUUUGUUGUAGAAGUGAUAAGUCCAGCAGAGAUUGAUGCAUGCCAGUUAGCUGCAACUCUAAUAAACUCAUCAGGUAAAGAAUCUGUAACCGAGAUAGAAUAUCAGGAAAGUGGAGAGUACAAAAUAAGAGGUAGAUGCAAUGUCGAAGGUGAUUGGCAAAUGAUGAUAACUGCUGGAGCUGCACACAUCAAAGGAUCUCCUGUGAACAUAAAGGUGGAAACACAGGGACUUGUUCAUACCAUUGAUAACAUAUCAGAUUACAAAAAACAUAAUAAAACAGAGAAAGUAAUAGAUGUAGUGUUAGAUAGAGAUGGAUGUAUAUUAGUAUCAAGCUUUAGUAGAGAUAUAUUGAAGUUCAACCUAUCAGGUUCAUUGAUUGCUAAGCAAAGUCUGCAGUAUUGUUCACGUGAUGCUGUGGUGGCUGCAAUGCAUCAGCUGGCUGAUGGUCACAUGCUUUACAGUGCAUAUUAUCCUUACAGCCGUAAGAGAUUAGUAUUAAUGUAUGAUGAUACUGGUAAACAUAAACAAAGCUUUCAUGAAAAGUUGCUAUAUCCAUUUGGUUUGGCAGUAAACACUAAAUCUAGAGUCAUGUAUGUAGCAGAUUGUGAAGCUCACUGUGUGUUUAAAUUUAAUGUUGAAGAUGGUAACUUGCUGGGUAGGAUAGGAGUAGGUCAACUGAAGGAACCACAAGAUGUCACCUUAACUAAGGAAGGUCAUGUAAUUGUUGCUGACUAUGGAAAUAACAGAAUACAAAUGUUUGAUGCAUAUGGUAAGUUCAUGAGAGUUUGUAUAAUAGGCUGUGGUGAGGAAGACGGCAAGGUUAUGGGUCCUCAUAGUGUUACCAUGGAUAUGGAUGAAAACUUAAUAGUAUCAAGUAAUCAUAAACUACAACUAUUUGAUAAGAACGGUGUCUUCAUUAAAAGAAUAGAUCAUAAAGAUGAUGGAUUAUAUAUCCCAUUAGGAUGCGCUGUAACCUCCGAUAGGCCAAGAAGAGUAGCAGUAGCAAACCAUGGAAAAAACAAUGUUAAAAUAUUCAAAUAUUAAACGGCAUAAAAACACAGGGCUCCACUCUUUUUAAUAGUAAAUGUUCAAUCAACCUUAUCUUAUAGCAAUUAUUAAUUCACAUUAUUGCUUAUCUUUAUACUAUGAGUUUUUGCCAGGUAUUGGUAUUGCUACAUUGUCAAAUUUAAAAAGAGCUCGCCUCUGGUAUAAACCUACCAUUCUUACUCCCAAUUUUACAUACCAGCUUUUUCUCAGGAAAAACAAAGUCUGAAUAGUGUGGCCUUGAAUUGAAUAGGCAUGCAGUGCUGAACAAUUGCCAUUAAAUUAAAAACAGGAUUUCUCAAGUAAUGCCCACUAUCAAAAUCAUAGAGUACAAGAGUGAACUAUGGUAAUAAUAAUAAUAAUAAUAAUAAUAAUAAUAAUAAUAAUAAUAAUAAUAAUAAUAAUAAUAAUUAUAAUAAUAAUGUUAUUUUAAAAACAUACUAUAUUCUAUUUUCAAAUCUUGUAAGGUUAACAUUAAAUAUUAAAAAAUCAUACAAGAGUGAACUAUGGUAGUAAUAAUAAUAAUAAUAAUAAUAAUAAUGUUAUUUUAAAAAUAUAUACUCUACAGUAUUUUCAAAUCUUGUAUUAAUUUAACAUUAAAUAUUAAAAAUGUAUUAGGCAUUAUCAAAUCAACAAAACAAAUUGUUUAUUACAAAACAAAUUUAUGCAGGCCCAUAAUCAAAAGAUCUCUUUGUUUUUUUGAACUCCCUCUUCCAACACUAGAAAUCCGUCUAAUAACCUGAAAUUUGGUAGCAAAAUCUGUCCCUGUACUCUGUCAAUAUGGGACAGUAGGUUGCAUAUAGUGUAAAUGCCUUUUAUCUAAGUGGAAGUAUCAUACACACAUGUAAAACUCAUUUAUGCACUUUAUAAUUUUAUUGAACUUCUUGCGAUUAUGUAUUUGUAAAUAUUUGAACGUGUGUACUUUCCAAUGGUUGUCCCAAAUGGCCUCCUAUACCGAAUUAAUUAUUAAAUGGUUUAUAUUUUGUCUUCCUGAUUAAUUGUUAUAAAUUGUGUAAACACAUUUCUUGUAAUUUUCUUUUUCAUUCAUUUAAUAAACACACGUACAUACACAUUUAAAUGAUGCAGAUGUACACCAAAAUAUGCAUGAAUCAUACAUUCAUGUACCUACCAUGCGCAUACUUCACUUUUUCUUGUUUUUUCCCCAAUAUUUUUUUAAAAAAUAUUACAAUAAAAAUUCUGCCUGAAUAUUACGAACUAAAAUAAAAGAAUUCGAUCCAACUCGGCCACAAGUCAACUUGGCC